CGCAUUCAGGUCAUUCAUUCACAGUCAUUCAUUCCAGCCUUGCCUUGCUGGUAAUGACCCAAGUUGUGUGCCAACGCCAAACCUCAGGCAACUCCUUCAAUCCGUCCACUACUACUAUUAUCCCUUUCUCCUCUUACAUCUUGGAGUCAUUCAAUUACCUGCUACUCUAUCCAAGUUGCUUUUUGUCUUUUUGCUUUUCGAUUUCCCACACCACAUAUAUCUACACCCACUCCUCGUCUCCCCACCCACUUGCCCGGCAUAGGACGCGACGGGAACGACGGGACAAGGAACUGAAGCAGCACAACCCGUUCCCCCCCCCACCACACCAACCACUAACUGAAGCAUCAGCAACUAUCCAUUUCACCCAUCCAUCCUUAACAGAUAAACAAACAUAGCAAAGGCCAAGACUUGUGAAGUUGAACCUCGCGCUCUACACAUCCAAUAUCUCCGCUGCAUGGAAGCUGCCAGAGCUGUCCUUACCCAGCAGCCAGGUUGACAGGGGGGGUUACUUCAUCGGUAGCCGCGCCCACUUCCUGUCUCCAUACAGGUAUCAAUACCGAUACGUACACUACACAACACUACACUACACUACCGUCGCAAGAGACGACCUCUCCAUCGACUUCGUCAGGAAGAUGCCACCUGCCGCAGAGCUCGACCCGGCAUUGAUCCUCGACGAAUGGAUACACAACACGCAGAACCUCCCCGAGGAGAUUCGCUUCAUGCAAGACGAGAUUGCCGAGAAGGACCGCCAAUAUGACAAGCUGGUUAAGGAAAUCGAAAAGAACGACGAGCGCAUCCAGAAAUUCAUCAAGGCCAACGGCAGCUUCCAGCCGAACCCCAAGGAAGAAGAAUAUAGAGCCACCAUCAUCAAGAACUUUGACCUAGCCGAGCAGCUGUCCAAGGAAAAGCUCGAACUCACGCGAAAGCUACAGCAUACCUUCGACAAGCACGUCCGCGCCCUCGAUAAGCAGAUCAAGUCUCUCUACGACCGCGGCGAGCCCGGCUUUACUGAUCCCGACGAACUACCCUCCCUCGUCCGCGACAGCGCCGCCAACAUCACCAGCACCCCGACCCUUCUCCGGCCCGUCAACGGGAACCACCCCAUAUCCUCGGCACUGAACGGCCUCGCUAACGGCACUGGCUCCAACGCCGCCCGAUCGAACCAGAUCCGCAACAUCCAAGCCUCGCACCAUCACUCGGCCUCGGCACCCGCCACGCCCGCCGCGACCAUAAUACUGAACCAGCGCGCCCGCGAAAGCUCUGCCGGACCCGGAGGCGCCGUGCGCAAGGGCGCCGUCCGCAGCAACAGUGGUCUGAGCCUCCAAACGAGUGGCAUAGGCCGACACGCUUCGCUCGGUCCAGGCACGCCCAAAUCCUCCACAACUUCUGGCGGCGUCCAACGCGCCGGCAGCGCUGGCCCCCGCGGCAUAGGCAAAGGAUCUACAAGCAGCACCAGUCGCAAGUCCGUACCCUCUGGUAGUUCGGCCGCCUCCCGUAAGAAGGGCAGCAGCGUGCCCACUGCCGGCAGCGGUAGUGGCUCAGCCGGUGGUGUUUCCGCCAGCGGCGUCUCUGGCUCCGGCGCGGGAGGUGGCUCCUCCCACAAAUCCAAUCUCUCCCGCGUGCUCAAGCGCGCCGGCACCGGCACCAGCGGCAGCGGAGCGAAGAACAGUCCCAACACGACCUCCCGCGCAAACUCUACGGGAGACAGCGACCUAUCAGACGCAGACUCCAACCUCUCCGGCUCCGAAUCCGACCACCGUCGUAUCGGCACAGGCCGCAACACCCCCAUUGGCGGUGGCUCACACUCCCGUUCCGCCUCCCACCACCACACCAACUCUUCCUUCUCGCACAAAGGAGGAGCAGACGACCUCAACCACCCUCACCACCCAAGCCACGGCCACCGUCCAUCCUCCUCCCUCGCCUCUAACGGCGGCGGCGGCGGCGGCACUGGUGGAGGCAGCGGUGGCCCCUUCCAAUCCCGUAACCCCGGCGGCAGCGGCGGCGGCCCCUUAUCCAACCCCUCCCACCCCCAAAGUAUCUCCAGCCACAACCGCUCCCGCUCCUCAACCCACCAUCAACUCCAAGAAAUGCACCGCUCCCCUUCCCUCUCCUCAAACAACCGUCGUCGGAACAACCCCGGUCUCACAGACGAGGACGACGAGGACGUGGACGACGACGACAUGGAUCUCAAUGUCGAUCAAGAAGAUGGCAUGGACCUGGACGACGAAGAAGCCGGGGACGACCGCAAGUACUGCCUCUGUCAAAACGUUAGCUUCGGCGAUAUGGUGGCGUGCGACAAUGACGAGUGUCCGUAUGAGUGGUUCCACUGGAGCUGUGUAGGGCUAAAGUCAGAGCCUAACGGGACUUGGUAUUGUCCUGUUUGUGCCAAGAAUAUGGAGAGGGACAAUACUAGCAACAGCAACAACAACAUUAACAUGAACAACAAUAACAGCAAUAACAGCAGUAGUAGCCAGGGGAGGAGCGAUAACAAGAAGAGUGGGAGUGGUGGGAGUGGGGGUGGGGGGAAUAGUAGUAGCCAGGGAGGUGGUGGGAAUAAUAGUAGUCAAGGAGGGGGAGGGCAAUGAAGUGAUUGAAAUGAUUGAGAAGGGUAGAUUGUUGUCCCGGGGUGGUAGUAGUAUUAUUAUUUGCAAUACUAGGAUGGGAAAGCAAUAAAUCAUCACAUUUGCACAUUCAGGAAAAAGGAAUAGAAACAGUCACGUCGACAAAGCGCUGAGCCUUCCUCCUCUCUCUCAAAUUGAUGGGUGCAUUGAGGUUGUGUUUUUGCCUUAUCAAGUCACCAGUAUACUAUCG